AUGGCACGUCAGAAGAAGCCCGCCACCCCCUCCACCCUCGUAUCUCCAAGCAUAGCGUCAGAUCGUGACGACGUCUCCAUCCCAGAAGACUUGUUCAGUGAUGAAUCAGACUUUCACGGAAGCUCUGAAACCAAGGCACUAUACACCCAGCUCGCCGCGUCAUUCGAUGUGGAGAAGUACUGGGCCAUCCACGACUGGAAUGCCCAGGUCAUUGCCGUCAAGGGCAGGAAAGCGCUCGCAAAGGCCGCCAAGCUACGUCUCGCAGAGAAAGCAAGGAAGGUGAGCGAAGCAGCAGCAGCAGCUUUGAAAAAGCAUGACAUCGAUGAUGACGACCGCGACCACGACCACGACGACAAUGAUGCCGCCAAGAAGCAGAAGUCGACGAUCAUAGACGAAGAUUCCGACACGGCCACGGACACCGACACCGAGAUGCAGGACGUGGCCACGAAAACCUCUGCGUCUCAUCCCGCCGAAGAUCAACAACUGAGACCGAAACCGCAGAACUACUACGAGGGCCACCCGUCCGCCAAACAACUCGACGAGUCUGUGUCCGACUUCCUCGCCCGCCUCCCUCCUUCCACAACAACGGCAGCCCGCGCGCAAGACCACUGGAUCUGGAUCUGCAACCCGUUCCCAUCCACCACUCGCUCUCGCUCUCACCCUGGCAUGUCCCCGUCCGAAGACCUCGCCACCUUCAAACAACGCGGCACCCGCCUCCUCGAAGCCUUCCUCGCGCGCAAGACAGAGCUCGAGGCCACCAGACCCGCGAAACCACCCGGCGUGAUCACGCGCAUGCUGCGCCCCGACCGCAUGGCCCUAGAAUCCUCGAUCCGCGAGCUUGCCCGGUCCCACGGCGUGGUCAGCGGGAAAUGGAUGCUCUUCCGGCCCGACGAACAAGUCGACGAGGUCUGGCAAACCAUCGCGCACGCCCUCUGGGGAGGCAAACUGGGGAGUAGUGCCAAAGUCGCGACCGCGACCGCGACCGCCUCACCAGAGACUAGUGGCGGCGGGGGCGACGAAAACGGAUCGCAGGCCGGACACGCCGCUCCACGGCUGAUCUGCAUUUAUACGGCCGAUUUCACGGACGAAGAGGACGUGCGUCGUGUUCUGUGCGCGAUCAAGGACCUCGGUCUGCUUGGCCCGAGUGAGGCGGAGGGAAGUGCCAGUGCCACAUCCUUGAGGACCAUCUACUACAAGACCGAUGCGUACACUUACUUGGACAUCAGUGGGGGGAACGAAUACAAGUUGAAGGCGAGCAUGUAUUCGUCCAGGGACCUGUUUCCGGAGUGGUAUCCCGGGGGAGGGAGAGGGGGAAGGCGGUAG